UUCCCGUCCGUACUCGUCCGUUUAUUCCAGUUGCACGGGUCACCAUGCUUAGGUCAUUGACUGCUCUGCUUCUUAUAUCAAGUCAAACUGGAGCCUACAAUUACAGUCAAUGCUGCUCGUUCCCAUGUUACAACAAAGGCGUAUGCAUGGAAGACCUCAGCUCACCGAAAGGCUACACCUGCGACUGCCACAGCACAGGAUAUUAUGGUGAACAGUGCGACACGCCUACCUGGUGCACGUGGCUGGCGAAUAUCAUCAAUCCGAGUGCGGAAACGCUGGAUUACUUGCGAGGCAACUUUCAACCGAUUUGGUCUCUUAUUAACAAUGCUAAACGUUUUCAUGAUUGGAUUGAGAGGCGAGUUGUUUUUCGAGGCAUAGAUCAAGCUCUUGUACCUCUACAGUGGUCCACAGUCAGUGACUACAAAACGACUGAUACAAGUGAUGAUGCGUCCUAUUAUGCCCGUUUGUUACCUCCAGUACCAAAGGAUUGCCCCACCCACGCAGGUGUCUGGGGUCCAAAGAAAGAAGACCUCCCAAGUGUUGAGGUCAUCGUCCGAGAUCUCUUCAAGAGAGAAAAGUUCAUACCUGAUCCUCAUAAAACAAGUCUCUUGUUGCCAUUGUAUGGGCAGCAUUUCUCUCACCAGUUCUUGAAAUCCAUGAAGGGAGAAGAGACAGAAGGAAGAACUACGUCGAAACAUCACAUCGAUUUGUCUCAAAUCUAUGGUGACAGCAAAAACAAGGAGCUAAUGCUGAGAACGAGGAAAGAUGGUAAAAUGAAAAUGCAGAUUAUCAAUGCAGAGGAGUGGCCUCCGUAUCUAGCUGAUGUUCCGGUCGAGACAAUUGUGUUAGAGGAAGGAUUGAGUACUGACAAGAUGUUUGCGUUCGGUCAUCCACUUUUCAAUCUGUUUCCAGGUUUACUGGCUCUGUCUACCAUAUGGCUGAGAGAGCAUAAUCGCGUUGCCGAUCUGUUGAAAAAGUACCACUCAAACUGGGACGACGAAAGAAUAUUCCAGACUGCCAAGUUGGUCAAUCGUGUUCAGCAACUACGAAUCAGUGUCAACGAGUAUGUGAAGCAACUCGGUGGUGGUAACUACCGCUUCACGUUCGAACCGACCCUCAUGCAUGGAACAGAGAUGCAGUACGGUGGUAAUCGAAUUGCUAUUGAGUUUAACGAUUUGUAUCACUGGCAUGCGCUCAUUCCGGAUAUCUUUCACAUCGGUGGCAUCGACUACCCCAUUGAGAAUGUGACAUGGAACAACGAGAUUGUUCUACAACAUGGCCUUGAAGAGUUCUUCAGCUCAAUGUCGAAGCAGAUAGCAGGGCAGCCGACUCGGUUAAACUUUGGUAAACAAGCUCAAGAAGUUGCCAUCAAACUUUUGAAGCAGGAACGAGCACUACGAAUGCAGCCCUUUAAUCAGUACCGCAAGAUGAUGGGCCUUCGUCCUUAUGAGUCUUUUGAAGAUCUCACGAAUGACGAAGACGUGGCAAAAAAGGCAGAGUCACUUUACAAGGAUAUCGAUGCAGUGGAAUUGUUUCCUGGGAUGAUGUUGGAAAAACGUCGAGAUGUUGGGCUGUUCAGUAUGACUCUGACCGAGAUUGGCAUAAUGUGUGCAUUCCAAGGGAUAUUCGGCGAUCCCCUCUUCUCUCCCAGUUGGUGGAGACCAUCCACAUUCGGUGGACAGAUCGGAUGGCAGUUGGUGAAUGCAAAGGUGACAUUGCAAGAACUCAUCUGCAGGAACGUGAAAGGACGUUGUCCAACUGUAUCAUUCACAGUGCCCGACGAAGGGCAUAUUGAUCCUCACAGCCAUGAUAAUGUGAAAUCCAACACAAUCCGUCAUAAUGAGCACAUCGAGCUGUGAAGGUACAAACAUCUACAACGUGCCUUGACUACCUCAGUUUUAUGGAAAGUUACGCAUUCCGUUUUACAAUAUACUAGCAGCUAGUAUGACAGUGAGAAAGGUUAGUGGUUAUCAAUUGUUUGCUAAAGAUGUAUUACACCAGAUUUACAGACACAUGACAAUACAAUACACGACAUCUAUCAGAACACUGACUAU